AUGGGGCAGGAGGCCGGCUGCGAGUUCCGGGGCGUGUGCAUGAAGGGAGGCGGGUUCCUCGGAGGACGCUGGCCGGCUGCGAGCGAGCGAGCGAGGGAGAGAGAGAGAGAGCGACCGAGGCUGCGACCGCUAAUCCCCCUCUCCCAACACUGCCGGUACGCUGAGGGACGCCGGGCGAGGCCCACCCGCCACCUGCAAGGCGCUGCUCCUCCCUCCCCGCCUCGCCCUUGGGUGAGUGUCAGCCGCGGGUGUGUUGAGAUGGAGAGUAAGGAGCCGGCUGAAAGGACCGGGGGGGGGAUGAGAAGGAAGGGGCCGGGUCUCUGGUUGUUGCCCCCCUCCCCAUGCCCUUUCCAACAUCUCCCGCAUUGUAAGGUUGGCGGGGCAGCGAGGGGCCUCUCUGCUCGUGGGUUGAGUCAGCGGACAGCUGGUACCUUAGCCCCAUCUCUCUCUCUUCCUCUUCCCCCGGGGGCGGGGGCUUCUUCUCUCUCGUCCCCCCCCCCCCAUCUGCGAAUCUCGUGGUUCUUCGGUGGGCGCGAUUGGUUGCACGGCCGUGUGACUGACUGUGCUGGAGACGAAGAUGCUGCAUCACCGUCGUGACCACUAGCCUGCUCUCUCUCUCCUCCUCCCCCCCCCCCUUAAAGAAAAACCAAGCUUAGGAGAUGCUCGUGUCGUGUCUUGGAGAGAGAGCGGGGAGGGCGGACUUAACUGCUGCGUCGGGGAGCAGAUUUGCUAACCCUCCGGUUGAUGGAGGGAGGGAGGGAGAUGCCUGGGCUCAAAUCUGCUGGGAGAAACGCCCUAGCUCUGCCCGGGAAGCCUUGUCCCUGAGCUUUCUGGGGGCCCCCUAGUUUAUGCGGGGUGAGGGGAAUUCAGUUUGUGCUUGCUCAUGGUUGCCUACAGCAUGUAUUUCUGGAUUCAGCCCAGGCCUUGAAAAGAGAUGCUGGGGAGACCUGACAGGAGUCGAGCACUGGUCCUAACUGUAGGCCUUUCUCAAUCCACCUUUGCUGGUGUGAGCCAGGAGGUGGCCUUGUGGCAGUGUUUCCUGCCUACUAGUGUUCCUGUAGGGGUGUCCUUUUUAUGCUAGGGUGGGGGCAUGUAUAUGUGUGUGUGGCCAGGUAACACUUCUUCCGGCUUUAAAGGCCGGAUGACAUUUCCAUAUUGCUUAAAAACAGACAAAGGUUGCUGCUUCUGUACCUGGGCUGGUGACUGAAGGAGUGCUACUGUGUUUAUCCUUAUUUCAAACAUACAAUGACUCAUUAUAAGCUUGUCCCGUCAGGGAAGGUAAUAUUGAGUGUCUUUCUUUGUUUUCUUAUGUUUCAGACUUUGAAGCUCUCUGACCUUGGGCAAGUCAUCACUUCUCAGCCCAUUCUCUCCUACUGCUAUUGUGAGGAUAAAAGGCACAAUGUUUGUAAAGCACUUUGCAAAUGGAAAAUGAGGUUGAACUAA